AUGGAUUUUAUUUUUGGAUCGAAAUUUGAAUUUGAACUGGCAAGAAAAUGGGCGUCAGAAAUGCAGUGGACAAUAUUCAACAUAUCGUUAACAUACGUUGUUACAAUAUUUGUAAUUAAAUACGCCAUGCGGGAUCGAAAACCAUAUGAUUUACAACUUCCUCUGGUUAUCUGGAAUGCUCUCUUAGCUGUUUUCAGUAUUUUUGGCGUUGUUAAAAUUACACCUGUUUUCCUCAAACAAAUGGUUACCAAAGGAUACAUCAGUACUUUCACCACAAUAGGACCAUGUUUUACUGAUGAUGUGGCUGGCUAUUGGACAUUCCUGUGGAUUAUUUCUAAAGUUCCAGAACUGAUGGAUACCAUAUUCAUUGUUUUGAGGAAACGUCCACUAAUGCUGAUGCACUGGUAUCACCAUGCGCUGACUGGAUAUUUCGCAAUUGUCACAUAUGCGAACAGAAAUGCAUACAUGAUCUGGGUUGUAUGGCUCAAUUUUAUUGUUCAUUCCUUCAUGUACAGUUAUUACAUGCUUCGAUCGCUUCGUAUCCGUGUUCCACCGCAGGUUGCUCAGUUUAUUACCUUCGGUCAGAUCAUCCAGUUUGUGAUAACACAUUUUGUGAUGAUACAUUUGGCGGUGCUUACUCUCACGACAACAAAUAACUAUGCUGUUACAUUGCGUGGUUUUGCGCUUGGUACAAUGAUGGAAGUAACAUAUCUCAUAUUGUGGAUCCGUUUCUAUUAUGUCUCUUAUUAUGCAAAUGGCGGUAAAAAAUAUAUUGAACACAAGAAGAGUGCAAAGUCUCAACAAUGA